UUUUUUAAAACAAAAAUCGUUUUUUUGACGACAACUUCAAUGAAUUGUUUCUUUAAAUUAAAUUUAAUUUAAUUUUAAUGUUUUAAAAGACAUUUAAAAGACCCGCCGAUUGUUUGUUUGUUUGGCCACCGAUUGUUAUGCCGCGACUAAAGUCUCAGCCGACACACAAACGAUCGCUAAUCGAUAGCGUGAACAACGAUAAUGAAGACUUGGAUGACGUUAUCAUUGAUUUAAUUGAUGACAAUAGUAGUGGUAAUGAAGAAGAGCCGCCGUCACAGCGAUGGCCAGCGAAACACCGACAGCGGCGACGGCGCCAACGGAAACGUCAGAAAACCGACUACGAGUUUGCGGUCGACAAACAGUUUGAACAGUUUAUAGCCGACGCCAACCUAUUCCUGACCAUUCAUUAUCAUCAACGACAACAACAACAACCAUCAAAUCAAACCACCGCUGAAGAGGAAGCAGAUGUUUCAUCUGUUGAUAGGCCGUCGCCGCCACCGCCGCCGCCCGACUCAUGUCAUUGCCAUUUGUGUAGUUUUUCGGUACGGAUUUCACCGCCGCAGCCAUCACUACCAUCUACGGCGUCGUCGUCCUCUUCAUCGUCAUCAUCAUCAGUAUCACCACAACAACAACAACCAUUAAAUGAUAUCGACAUCGAUUCGGUUAAUCAGAAGCUGUUCUACUUAUAUGUUAAACACAAACCACUUGAAUCGUGUCUAUACUAUGAGUGUAAUCAUACAAAAACUGGUCGACAUAUUUUCGGUAAUAAGUUUAAGACCAACAACACCAACAACAACAGUGAUAAUAAUAAAGAGAUCAGCUAUGAGUUGAUUGAAUCGUUGAAUACAAAUAGUUUGUUUUAUUUAACAACCAAUUUGGUCACCGAUAAUGACCAGUGGCUAACCAUUGAUGUCUGGCUAAUCCGAUCGGCCGUACAUCAGUUGGACUAUCAUUCGCAGACCGUUGGUCCGCCAAACAUGAAUAUGAUGACAGUUAUGAACCAUUUCUAUGGCUAUGAAGAACCGAUUUAUGGUGACAACAAUUUGCCGAAAGAUAUCUCUAACGAAUUUAUCGGUGAUUUAUAUGCAAAGAUUAAACAAAAACACAAUGAAAAUCAAUACAAACUAAUCGAUUAUGAUGUCCAGCAUCGGUCACUGUAUCCUAAACUUAGACAAUAUCAAAGAGAUGCUGUCCAAUGGAUGCUGAAUAGAGAACAAAACAAUAUGAUUCAACCGUAUCAGCGAUUAUACGAAACAGUGGUAUCAGUUGAUGGCCUGCAAACUAAUUACAAUAAAUAUCUGGGAUUUUUCAUCGACGACAACAAUAGUUCAAUAGAUAACUAUGUUUACGGUAUAUCUCGUAGCGGAAUAUUGGCCGAUGAAAUGGGUUUGGGAAAGACUAUCGAAGUUCUUGCAAAUAUUCUAUGCAAUCCUAAACCGGUCGGCGGCGGCGGCGGCGAUGAUGACCACAUCGAUGAAGACACCGGUAGUUAUGAUGCAGACAUUCAACAAGAAUCUCUUGACGAUGAUUAUGAUGAAUAUGAUGAUGAAUGUUUUGCCUGCGUUUGUGGCGAGUUAUGUAACAUCCGAUGGUCUCGAAAACGGAAUCUCAUUCUCAAUGAUAAUGACGACGACGAUGACGACGAUGUUGUUGUCGUAGAUGAUGAUGACGUAAACAAUGGCAGCGACACUGAGAUUGAGGACAAUAAUGUUGAUAAUGACGACUGUGUUGAUGAUGAUGAUGACGACGACGACAAACAAUUGCAAGAAUCUCCAUAUAAUAACAAUAAUACAAAAGAUUUACAAAUGGAUAAUAAAAUUAGGAAAAUAGCUGUCCAUAGGUUUGUCAAUCAUAAACCAGUUGUCGAAAUAAUUGACAAAUCAUUGUCGUCGUCGCGAGGAUUAAAAAGAAGAAAAGCUAAACAACAAAAACAACGACUCAAGACAUUAGUCCGGUGUCGUGUUUGCCGAUCCUAUCAGCACUCGUCGUGUGUUAACUAUAGAUACGACGACGACAAUGAUAGCCAAAAGCCGCGGCGGCGUCGGCGCCCAUACUAUUGCGGUCAUUGUUGGGUACGGCCGGGUAUGAAACGAGUCGAAUCGCGGGCAACAUUGAUAGUAAGUCCCCGAUCCAUAAGCCAUCAAUGGCAGGACGAGAUUGUCAAACAUGUCGACUGUUCCGGUCUGAGUGUCUAUGUGUACGAAGGAGUCAAAUCGAAAAAUGGUUAUAUCCAGCCGUUUGAUUUGGCCGACAACGAUAUCGUAUUGACCACCUAUGAGACUCUGAGGUCGGAAAUCGAUUACGUAGAUCUGCAUCACUCGAAUCGAUUUCGUUAUCCAAAACGAUUCAAUUCGACCCCAUCGCCGCUGGUAACCAUCGACUGGUGGCGGAUCUGCUUAGACGAAGCCCAGAUGGUCGAGAGUGCGCUGAAUAAAACCGCCCAAAUGGCCCACCGAUUGUAUGCCCGACAUCGCUGGUGUAUAACUGGUACACCUAUUCAGCGAUCGCUGAACGAUAUCUACGGUUUGCUAUUGUUUAUCGGCGAAGAACCCUAUCAUGAACGACACUAUUGGCAUCGUAUGCUAUACUGGCCGUACACUAGCGGUAUAACCGCGCCUAUGGUACAGGCGUUGAGCCAAUGUUUUUGGCGUCAAACCAAACAGGAUGUCUGGCAACAGUUGGAUAUACCCGAACAAACUGUUACCACCAAAACCUUACGGUUUUCACCAGUCGAACAGCACUUUUAUUUGAGACAAUACUGGGAAUGUAAUCGUAAACUCAAUGAUAAAAUCAAACGCUUCUCCGAUCUGUCAAUUAAACUCAAAGAUCUCGACAGGAAAACGGUUAGCCUAUUGAUGACACCGAUGCUUACGCUAAGACAAGCCUGUUGUCAUCCGCAAGCAGUUCGCGGAAAGUUUUUACCGAUUUCUAAGAAGACGAUGACAAUGGACGAGGUGUUGAAGACAAUGAUUAAGAGUACACAAUACGAGUGCGAGGAAGAGCAUCGAAAGUUUAUAGCGGCACUCAAUGGACAGGCAGCCUGUCAUAUAAUACAGAAAAAUUACGAGAAAGCCAUCGAACAAUACCGGCGGGCAUUGGCUUCGAUGGUCGACUACAAGGCUAAAGAUCUGUUCCGUACGGAUAAGUUGCAACAAAUUCAUACGUUACACAAUUUGGCCGACAUUUUCGACCUGUGCGGUAUCAGACAAAUCGAUAAGACCAGUGGCCAACGUUACGAUCAGACUAGAACUACCGAAAUAACGGUCAGCAUUGAAAUUAUUGGCCGUACACUACGCGAUGAGUUUAUGCGCUACGAAUCCAUUCAGUUGCGCGACGAAUAUCUGGCCAAAGGUUUGGCCACAGUUACCGAAGUAACUAAACAAUUGGAUCCAUUGAUUGAAACUGUUGGCCAAUUGCAAAAUUCAUUCGAAUCAAGCAAACAAUUACCAUGGUGGAAAUUGGCUAUCGAUUAUUUUCGGACCAACAAUGACGAUGAAAUCAAUUUGAUUCAACGGGUCAAAGACGUAUUGGAAACACAUUCACUGAAAGGACGGUUAGGUGAAGAACAUCUGUCGACGUUUGUAUCGAUUGCCGACGAUUUUCGCGAAGCUUCGGGUCUGGUCUACGUACUGGACAAAUGUUUACGGGAAUUGCAUCACUCGCGUAGUGUACUCCAGCAACGAGUUCGGUCGUUGAGUCCGAAACCCACCGAUCGGGAACUGAACGAAGCCAUUGAUUGUCAUCUGAGACCCGAAAGGGAUAAAGAGGGUAACCGUGCGAACAGUGUUGUCAGCUGUAAGUACUGUCGUAUACACGAACUGUUCAAUGACUACGAAAAGAAGUUGUUCUACUUUAGUGUUGUGGAGAAGACUGAAGAGUCUGCCUGUAAGUCAAACGCACUCAUGGAAAAGCAACGAAGAGGCAAUUGGGGCGACAGUGAACUGGAACAGAGUCUCAAAGUUAUUAACCAAUUGUUUCGACAAAAAGCAUCGGCUAGUAGUCUACCUCAACAUCGGAUGGCUGUCGAUGACGGCCAAACACAUAUGAAACUGUUUGACGCACUCAAGAAAGAGUUUCGCGGUCUUCGGGCCGUCUGGACGACGACCUAUGAUUUUGUGUCACAAAUCGACGAACUAAAUAUGGCUACCAUUCGACUCAGGGAACGACUACCCGAUGAACCGAAACCUAAGGAAACGAUUACCUAUAUUCUCGAACCAAACGAAGUCGGCGUACAAUUGAUUACAUUAAACUCGGAUGAAGUGAUUGCCAAAAGUUUGCUAACAAAACGUUUAUCGCAUUUACAUUAUCUGAAUAAUCUAUCCAAUGAUGAAUCGACUCGUAAAGGUGGCCGUAAUCCUGAACUGUGUCCCAUAUGUCAGCAUCGGAUGGGCCAGCAAUGGGUUGUCCUACAGUGCGGUCACUCGCUGUGCGUCAAAUGUCUGGAUAUACUGAUCAACGAGUAUUCCCGUAAAACAUCGCAAGGUGUGACCAUCGGGUGUCCGAUGUGUCGCGAAUUGUGUCCACUGUCGGCCAUUCUCUAUGUUAACGCUACGGAAACCGACGACGACGAUGACAUUGCCGUCGCCGGCAUUGAAGUGGCCGGCAGUUGGUCGACAAAAGUCGAAGAAGUAGUCCGAUGUUUACUCGAGAUUAUAUCCGCCGAUUCGACCGCUAAAACAUUGGUAUUCUCCACAUGGGUUGAUGUCUUGCAGUUGAUAUCGACAGCAAUGGACGACAACAAAAUAAGUCACGUUUUUAUUAGAAAUUCGGCGAAAUUUAGCCAAAAAGUGGAUAAUUUUAAAACCAAUCGGGAAAUCAAGGCCUUACUAAUGCCUAUGGAUUUGGGUGCCAAAGGUCUUAAUCUAAUAGAGGCCACACAUGUAGUAUUGGUUGAGCCGACACUGAAUAGGGCUAACGAAUUGCAAGCCGUCGGUCGUGUCCAUCGAAUCGGCCAAACAAAGCCAACACUAGUUCAUCGAUUUGUUGUCAAAAAUACUAUCGAAGAGCGCAUCGCCUACUUGUAUGACAGUCCCGUCACCGCUACCGCAGACGCCGGUAACGAGUCGACCAAACGUUUACAAUUGGCCGACCAAUCGGAGUACGCGUACAUCACUUUGGAUCAAAUGAAACGAUUGUUUGAAAAUUAUGAAAAUUAA